GGCUCGGAGUGGAGAAUGUGUGGCAAGGCCUGAUGGAGCAUGUGCUAGAUCCCUACCAAUGCAUUGUGAAGAAGAACCGGAAGUACGCCUCGGAAUGCACAGAGGUCCAUUUGGCCAACCUGGGGGCGGACGCGAUCUCGAAGGACUUUGAGCACUUCGGGAACUUGGAGGUGGUUUGGCUGCAAGGGAAUCAGCUCUCCCGUGUGGAGAACCUGGAGAGCAACUUUCGGAUCAGAGAGAUCUACCUGCAGAAGAACCGCCUGGUGUCCUUGGCCGGCUUGCGGAGCUUCAAGUUCCUGAGGGUGCUGCUGGCCAGCGGCAACCAGCUGCGGAACCUGGACAAGCAGCUGGCCCUGCUCUCCAGGUUCGCCUUUCUGAAGAAGUUGGACCUCUUCGACAACCCGGUGGCCGAGGAGCCAGACUACCGGCUGCGGCUGAUCUACCAGCUUCCCCAGGUGGAGGUCUUGGACCAGCACUCCGUGAAACAUGCGGAGCGGGUGCGUGCGGACGAGGUGGUGCCCAAUCUGGACAAGGUGUCCGCCCGGGCGGAGAAGGUGAAGCCAAAGCAGCACCAGUUCUCGCUCCUUGAGAGGCAAUGCAUCGUGGAAGCCAAGAACAUCCAGGAGAGAAGAAGGAAGGAUGAAGAGGCGCUGCUGAGCCGGAGCAUCCGCGUGGCGCCAGAGUUGAUGCCGCCGGACUGCAAAGUCUUCAAGGCGAACAGGGAGAGAUGGAGCGACCCCAGGAGAAAAGUACACCACGAGCUGACGAGGCCGACGGCCUGGGAGAUUGCGGAGAUGCGGCCGCUGGCGAUGCAGAAGGUGCCCCAAGAGCAGCUUUCCCGCGCGGAGGUGGAGUCCCUGGCGAGGCUCUUCGCCUCCGAGGGCCUCGGGGGGCGGCGCCUGGCAGAUGCCCAAGUCUUCGAGGAGAACUUGUGGCAGGACACCGCCCAGGACAUGUCGGCCCUGGCACGGAGCCUGCGACUGCACAGCGAGAAGAUCCAGGUGACGGCCGUGCCGCAUCCCCUGGAGAAGCUGAGAGAUGACCCCGCGGCGACUAUGCCGGCAACGGAGGUCGUGGAUCUGCUGUUGAAGCUGGCAUGGCCUCGCUUUGAUGACGAGUACCUAGACAGGCGCAUCCAUCGACUCUACGAGGACCUGCGCCGCGCGGACUUCGCCGGGGACCAGGACGCGGUGGUGAAGCACCGGACCGAAGCUCUGCGUUUGGAAGGUGCUAAGACCCUCAAGGAGCAUGUCACCCUGAACCGGAAGGAAGUCGGCAAGGCUGCUGAAAAAGCGCGGGUCGACGUCUUUCCGCAGAAGUUCAUCCGCGCGAAGCGCCAGAUUGAUGAAAGCACCGGGCGCAUUGUCCUCAAGGUUGGGAUGGACACGAGGAGCACGAGCCUGGGAACCAUGGCUUUGGUGCGGUGAGGAAACGUGUCACCGGUUUCACCUCGAAUUCCGUUUCACUCGCUGAACGGCGGGAGAAAGAGGCUUGGCCAAGCACAUGAACCACUCCUCUGG